GCUAUAACACUGUGGCUUGUCAGGAAGAGCAUAAUGUUGUAUUUAGACAACGUGACUUUAAUAAAUAGAUAUGAAUAACACAUCAACAUAGAUUAAUCAGUUGAUUUGCUAACUCCCAAAUUAGGCUACAGUUAAAGAGUCAUUGUUUUUUCGCUGCAUCUUGCUGUCAAGGUGGUCGCGACAGGAAGGUAGGCUUAAAACGCACACUUUGUAAAGUUUUUAUAACCUUUUGAAACAGUUACAAUGUUUGCAAUACAUCCAUUUGUUGAGAACCUCACCACACUACCACAAAAGUUUCAUUGGACAUUGUCAGUAGGCUAGAGUAGGCCUAGUGAAAAAAAUAAUUUGUUUUUGACGUGUGUCUUUGUCUUUUGCACUUUGGACAAUUUGGUGUUAACGCAAACGAUUGUCUUGCUCAAAAACUGUACCGAUUAUUUACGCUCUCAAACAACUGUUUGAAACGAGACUGAAAUUGAAAGCGUUAUUCAGUUUCGAUUCCACCUUAAAUAUUGCAAUCUACUACCGCCAGGGAGCAGUGUUGACCUAAUUUCGGAGAUGGCAGGCUUUCGCUAGCCAAGCAGCAGCAGACGAUCAGGCACUCCUCACUCCUCAAAGACUUAUAAGAGGCUUCAUCUCUUAGCAGCUGUUCUCACUCUGCUCUGGCCUGACAGACAUCAUGGCCAUCAUCAUGAAACUCAUUGGCCUGCUGCUGCUGGGUCUUGCCUCAGUGGUGGAGGGAGAGGUGGUCAAACAUUUUAGUUCCUCUUGUCCAGAGUUCUUUAUCAAGAACCAGAAUAACAAUCCCGUCAUUCCAACUGUACCCCUACCAUCCGACGUCUCGAGGUACAAACAGAUUUGCCAGAAGUACACCAGCAAAAGGGGUAGCGCACAGCCACAUUGGGUGCCGGUAAAAGGCACAUGCACAAGCAACGAGAAAGAGUGUACGCCAGUAGACGAACUACUUAGCUUCUUGUCUGAGUUGGACCAGAAUUACAAUCCCGUUACUCCAAUUGCACUGCUCCACGACAUCCCGAAUGAUCAGUUUUGCCAGAAGUACAACAGCAAAAGGAGCAGCGCAAAGGCACAGGGCAUAUUAAUUAAAGAGACACUCUCUAACAAUAAGAAAGAGUGUGUGGCAGAAAAGGAGCUAUCUAGGAGCUCCUGGUCCAGGAGCUGCACACGGCCACUGUGGUUGAUGUCAAGAGAAACAUGCUGUACCAAUGAGAAAGACUGUGUGACAGAAGAAGUGGCCUGGCUACCUGCGAACCUUAAAACUGACCUGGAGAACGAUGCUUUAAACCAUGUGCGUGAGAGAGAUGCGCGCUAUGCUAACGAGAAAAUGACUCGGAAAGACUUCGAGGUGUAUGUGAGAUACGGGGCUCACACGGACACUGACAAGAGCAACAAACUUACAGGCUACCGAUACGCGACCCUCUACGACACCCACUACAGAAUUCCGGUAUACUCUGCCUACCUGUACACGGGCUAUGCCCCCACCAAGAGAACAACUUCUUGGAUGAUUGAGCCUCAGCUUGAUGGAUUCUCACAAGAGGAAAUGACCAGAGAAGAAGAUGCGGGUGGGCGAGUGGGCUUAAAGCAGGCUGUGAAUAAGGACUUCACAAACACAGGUUACGAGAAGGGACACCUGUACCCCCGUUGUCAAAACUGUGAUCAAGACCAGGCAGAAUCCACUUUCACCCUCACCAACGCUGCUCCACAGACAGCCCAAGAUAACAAACGGUGGUAUAACCAGGUGGAGAAGAAAAUAGCUCAGAGAAUGUUAGAAAAGUGUAGCGAAAGAACAGCCCAUGUUGUGACCGGGGUCGUUCCAGGGAACAGGAAUCUUCUGCAAGAUGAUUUAUCAAUAUUUUUUGACUUUGGACAUCCUGGCUUUAAUAUUGAUAGAGUGAGAGUAGCUAGUCACUUCUGGUCAGCCUUCUGUUGUAAAGACAGGUACAACCAGAACAGGUUGAUAUCAGAGGGCUACAUCUUAGAAAUGAAAGGGGAUGGGAGCGCAGAGGCUGUGUAUCAAACACUAAAUAAUCUUAAUCGUGAUCUUGCAAUUAAGUACAUCUCCUCCAGCUUUCAGGUGUUUGGGUCCAUUCAAGGCUGUUCUUAAAGUCCAGAUCCCUAAUACACACGCACGCACACACAGCUAGCAUGCAGUACAAGGAUACAAGGAUGUUUAUUUGUCACAUGCAUAUGAUUACAAAUGUAAAGAAUGCAGUGAAAUUGUCAGUUGCCUGAAAGGUUGGUUCAAUUUCCGGCACUACCACGCACUUAUACAAUGGAAUUGUGACAGUGUAAUCCUUUGUAAUAUAGUUGACGUAAGUCAUCUUGGACAAAAAAAAAGUGCUAAAUGCAAUGUGAUGUAAUGUAAUGUUGCCCACACACACGCGCACACACACACACACACACACACACACACACACACACACACACACACACACACACACACACACACACACCUGUAGAUGUUCAUAAACACAUCUCUACUCACAACGCUGCACUGUGACUUGUAUAGAAUUAUAUACUGUGACCUCGA